GCCGGGUCGAGCGGCUGUGCCUUUUUCUUCCGGCUCCACCUGUGAUUUCCAUCAUUAACAUCGAUGAUGAAGGGAUUGAUUAUAGCGACAUGCCUCUUAUUAACAGCAGCAGUGCAUGCCGGUGUUAUUGUCGGCCAUCAAAUCAUUCCAAACUACUAUUUACAUAGCGGUGUUUAUCCUUACCAUCAGUGGGUGCCAUUGCAUUACGUCGCUUCCCCAGGCAGUUUCAAUGCAAGAGCGUACGAUCCAGUCGUUCCUUAUGACGCCAUCAGCAGAUCGAAUUAUCCUUUUAAUGAUACAGAAGGAAGACAUCGAGAUGAUGGCGACAGUAAUUACGGAGAAGCAACAAUACCUAAUUACCGCAUGUUUCAUUUCGUGUUGAAGCUGGUGAGGUCGAUGCGCAAACAUUUUCUUCCACUUUACGCCACUAAUCCAGAAGACGUCAGCAACAUUUACGUCCAGUACGAACAUGAGAAACGGCGGUAAAUAAAGGGGGCAGGCGAACUCGUCAGGAAACAGAUGAACACCUUCGCCUAAGGGGAAAUGUAAGACAUAAAUAAAAAUGUGUGCUGCUGGUAGCACACACUGUCGUUAUUAUUUAUUAAAUUGUAAAGAUUCUUCUUAGUUGAUAUCUUGACAUGCGAUCAAGGGCGUUUACCUUUGUGCAUACUAAUGAGGCUGUCGUGAAAUAAAAACUGAUGAGCCCCAA